UUACAAAAAAAACUGUACGCUUGUUUUGCGAGCAUUUGUAACGAACUAUAGCUAGUUGCAUAACUAUUUGAAGUGACAAGUUAUACAAGCAAACAUUAUCUUCUUUAAAUAUCUAAAACUUUAAAUAUAUUGUUUUUACAUGAGUAUAGCAAACCCAGUUUUUAUGCAUUAGUGACACGAAUUUUAUUUGAAAGAUAGUUUAAAAGUUUUAUAAUUUUUAUAAUAAUAUAUGUACAAUUAAAAUAUUGUCUGCAAAAAAGGAAAAAUGCUACUACUGAGUAUCAUAUUUUUAACCUGCACAGGAGUUUUGUCUCAAGUUCCUGGAAUUGGAAACUGUCCAAAAGUAAAGGUUAUACAAGACUUUAAUGCAAGCAAGUACAUGGGUCUAUGGUAUGCAGCUACAAAAUAUUUUGCCAUUUUCGAAUUUGGAGGAAAGUGCACUACUGCUAACUACAGUUUAAAUUCCAACGGUUCAGUUAAUGUUAUAAACAGACAAAUUAACAUUUUAACAGAACGACCAUCAACAAUUGAAGGAAUAGCAAGAGUAAAAAGUAAUCAAACAGAAGGAAAGCUUGAAGUUGUUUUCCCUUCAUUACCAGGAAAAUUUUCUGCUCCCUAUUGGAUUUUGGAUACUGACUACGACAACUAUGCCGUUGUUUUUUCAUGCACUGAUUUAGGAUUAUUUCAUUUCAAAAUUGUUUGGAUUUUGACGAGAAAACCAGAUCCGCCUUCUUUGAUUGUUCAGCAAGCAUUAGAUGUCCUUAAGAAGAAUAACUUAAGUAGUCUAUUACUUAUAAAAACUGAUCAGAAACAUUGUAUUCACUGAAUGUUUAAAUGUUUAAAAAGCCUUUUCAAUCUUGUCUUGAAAUGAAUUAAAAAAUAAACAACGCAUAUACUAAA